GCAUACAAGUCCGCGAAGCUGUGUAUAAUAUUACCUAUAAAUACCGCCCUUACUUGUCAUUUUGUCAUAACCUGAACAAAUCCCAUACAGCCUGCAUGUAAUAAGGUUUUCCUGAGAUAAAAGAGAACUCUGUGGCAACUGCAAAAUAACAAGCAUCCAGCAUCAAGGAAAGAUGCCUUAUUUAACAAUGCAACAAAAGAUCUGCAUGUUACCCGGAUUCUGAGCAGGUUUUCCUGAGAUAAAAGAUAACUCUGUGGCAACUGCGAUAAUAACAAGCAUCCAGCAUCAAGGAAAGACACGGUAACAUCUCAAAACAACGACUAUGGACGGGAAUUUCAGCGAUGAUCCUACCUGGAUAAAGCCCAUGCCUGUCAAUGGACAAGGAGUUUUCACCUUCAACAUAACAAGGAACAGUGAAUUCAGGAUCGUCGUGACCCACUCGUUAACCAACGACUUUAUCAUGCUUACCGUUGGUAACCAGUUUGCAGAAUUCGGCAUGAUGCAUGAGAACGUGUAUCAGCAGCUUGAAAGAUCAGCUGUUCCGGAAUGUGGGUACGUCCAAGAUACGAAGAUUUCCUAUUGGUUCAGUUACAACAGAGACAACCUCGUUUUGAAGUACGGAAAAGGCUACACUAUGGAAGAAACCACACUUCUUGAGUACAAUUUUCUCGCUGGUGCUUCGCCAGCCGAAGAAGAGAGCAUAAGAAAGGAAUACCAUGGUCUAUUUAACGCAGAGGACCAAGGCAUGGUGAAACUGUAUGAUAGCGUUCAGUUGAUGCGCUCAACAGGAUCUUCAAGUUUGAUAGACAUCGAGAAAAAGGUUGCAUUCUAUAAGAACCCUUUCGUCAGUAACAUGUCUCCAAUCGUCCUUGACAGCUCAAAAGUCACCCUGUUUACACUUGACAAUAGCAAGUACAUGUUGACAGGAAGCCUCCCGCCUGCCUGUAAGGAGCUGUACGAGAACAUCCGUAACUGUGAGUUGAACUGGCCACCGGAAGUGGAUGAUGUUCUCCUCUCUGAUGCCAUCAGAUUCAGUAUCGAGACAGAGGGAUGUCUCCUUUAUGAAAAGCUGAAGUCGAAAGCCGGAGAAUUCGGUGAAGGAAGUGGAAAAGAGGAGACAUACCUACGCGUAACGCUAGGACAUAGUCUCGGAAAUUCGCCGGGAAUACCGUAUGUCCUCGAGAUUUGGCCGUCAGGACACUACAGUCCAAUACAUAACCAUGGAAACGCGAAUGCAGUCAUCAAAGUCCUGUUUGGCGAAAUCAACAUUUCAAUUUACAACAAGCAGACGACAGAGCCAGAUGCAGUUCCUAUGAAAACCUUUAAUGCGUACGCAGGUGAUGUUACAUGGAUCAACAGGAACUGGUUCCAAACGCACAAGCUAUGGAAUAAUACAACCGACUUCUGCGCCACCAUUCAGUGUUACAACUACGACGCAGGGGACACAACCCACUGGCCGUACUUCGACUACGUCAGCGAGAACAGCACCAUUGAAGAGUUCCUGCCCAACUCUGACUUCACAUUCAAAGACAUGCGGCAAAAAGUGUUGGUGGAAUACCGACUAAAGUAUUCACUUCUAAAUCCAACGCGCAAAAACUAGCCGUGGAAUAGGAACAACGCAACUAUCGAGAUUUGACGUAGAACAAUGAGAAUUCACAAAGAUACCAAUCCGACUUGAUUUGAUAAUUUCUUACAAAGUUUAGCAUUGAUAUAUAUAGUUUAUGUUAAUCCUGUUCCUAAUCAUAAUUAGUUCAUGAUGUACGCUUAAUCUAAUGCAUUAUACUUGCAUGUUACAGUACUUUCAGAAUAGUUUCCUAUCAUUAUUUUAUUUUUUUAUAUUUUCCUUAUACUUUAAGCCCCUGAACUUUGUUCAAGUGGAUAUUUAAUUCAUAUUUGUAUAUGUGAGAUCAAUCAUGUAUUUGCGUAUUGACAUAUAGUCUAAUGUAUUGUAUAUCCGGAAAUAACUACAACACAAUAUUAUCAUUAUAUUUUAAUAUGAUGCAUUCAUUUAAUAGAUAAAAGUGCACUGCUGUCGGACAACCUCAUUUAUAUGCCUUUUUAUAUCACUGUUAUAGUAACUACUACAUGUAUCACUGUAGUACAAAAUGGAUAUAUUAUUGACUUUUGUAAUUAACUCAUUGAAUAGGCAAAGUGCAACAAAGAUGUUUCUAAAUUGUUACGAAAUGUACAACGAUGUUACGAAAUUGUUUAUUGUACGAGACAGCGAUGAUUUAGAUAACUGCUAAAGUAUGGGGCCCGUCAAACAUACGUCAGAUUCCUACAAAACACUGUCACUGGCAACAUCACUAACUUUGUGGUAACAAAAAUGCAAAACCGAAUAUAUGAUUUCAUACUGCGUGUAUCUAUUGAAUAAAUGCUUAUAAAAGC